GCCAGCAAGCCUUGGCUGCAGGAAGACGUGUUCUUCGUUCGUACCGCGACGAUCCUUCUAUCGCGGCUACGCGAGAGACUCCUUUUCUCUUUCUCUCCCUCUCUCGCUUGUGUGCGCGCGCGUGUUUCGUGUUUGUGUGUGCGUGCUUGAUCUCUACGAAGUGACAGUGUUUCUGACUCGGUCGUAGGACCCGGACAGUGAGAAAUCCUCGGUUGUCGCGAACCACCGAAUAAUUCGGUUCUGCAGCCGGAAUCGUGGCAGCCAUCGAGGACUCGACCGAGCCUUUCAGUGUUCUCUCAUUCCUUUCUCUGUUUCGCGCUACCGUAUUUCUUUACGGACAAGCACCGCCCCCUUUCCACCUCCGUCCCUCCGAUCGCAACGUUAUGAGGCCAGCUGAGCGUAACUGACGGCGAAGAGGGAGAACGAGUGCGUGCGUGUGUCAAACAUAACCUAAGUAUUAUCACCGUGAGUACCGUGACUACCCCGGAGAAAACGUGGCUCAGUCGUUUGAAAUUUACUCAUCGAGGAAUGAUAGCAUCGCGUACUAAACCGUUAAACGCAUCGAGGAGCCACGAAAGCAUAGGUUCCUUUUCUGGCUGUUUCUAAAGAGAAAUGCGACGCCCCGUUUAUCUCUGACCGUGUCGUGGAAACGUGCACAAGGACAUCGACUUUGUCUCUUUCUCGAAGGUUAUCCUUGCACGUAUCGUUUUUGUCAUUGCGACGAUAAAGGACGCGACCAAAGCCGCUGCGUCGAGCGUGUUGUCACGAAUUCCUCUUAUCCCUCGUUUCCCGCAAGCUCAGCCCUUCCCGCCGUACCUACGAAAGCGCGCGACAUUUAAACGCGAAGUUCGAAAACCGAGUGAUACUGGAACAUAGCUUUCCCCAAAAUCCGUUGCUUCGGAUCGACAUUUAAAUACCCGACGAUUUUACACGUUCAAGGUAACAAGAAUCACGAGUUUUUAAAUAGUGUCAUAGGACUAAGGAGUAAUACGACACUGAUUGACUUAUACAAAAAAAAAAAAAAAAAAAAAAAAACGUGUAUUCGAAUCGAUAAGUCUCUUAAUAGUGCAACACAAUAAUUCCGGCGUAAUUUCGGUGAAACGGUGCUUCGGUUCGAACGAAUGUCCUCAUCGAUAACGACUUCGACGACGCGUGCCGGUGUUGCGUGCGUGUAAGAAUUCCAAGAUAGAAGUGUUUCCUGGGGAAGGUGAAAGAGUGCUCGCGGGACGUAGGAACGGAAGAAAUAAGGAACGAGUCGAGGCGUGUUCCGGCUUCCCUGAAUCAGCAGGGACGUUGGCGGUGGCGGUGGCGGUGAAUCGGGAAAGGGUUGAGGAGGGUGGCCCCUAGGGAGAGAGGAGAGCUUUGAUGGCAGUAGUUGGGCCCAGCCGGCACUCGCGGGUGUCCAUGAGCGUGUCUAUGUCGCUAAUGCAGGGGGGUGGGGCGGGGGCGACAGGCGGUGGCGGGACAACGGGGACCCAUCCGGGGCAAGCGGUCCUCGCAGCGGCUGCCGCGGCCGCAGCUGCGGCCCAAGCACCCCCCACCUACUACCACCCUGCCGCUCCUGCACCCCCGCCGCCGCCGCCAGCCCAGGAUCCCGUUCAGCCCGACAGACCCAUCGGAUAUGGUGCCUUCGGCGUCGUUUGGGCGGUCACGGAUCCGAGGGACGGUAGGAGAGUGGCCUUGAAGAAACUGCCAAACGUCUUUCAGAGCCUGGUGAGCAGCAAACGGGUCUUCAGGGAGCUGAAGAUGCUUUGCUUCUUCAAACACGAAAACGUUCUCUCAGCCUUGGACAUCCUUCAGCCACCGCACCUAGACUUCUUCCAAGAAAUAUACGUGAUCACGGAGCUGUUACAGAGCGAUCUGCACAAGAUCAUCGUCAGUCCGCAGCAUCUCAGCCCCGACCACAUCAAGGUCUUCCUCUACCAGAUCCUUCGAGGACUCAAGUACCUCCACUCGGCUAGAAUCCUCCACAGGGACAUUAAGCCAGGAAACCUACUCGUGAAUAGUAAUUGCGUAUUAAAGAUCUGCGACUUUGGUUUGGCCCGAGUAGAAGAACCUGACCAGAACAAGCAUAUGACCCAGGAAGUGGUGACGCAGUAUUAUCGUGCACCGGAAAUACUGAUGGGUGCACGGCAUUACACGGCCGCCGUGGAUGUUUGGAGUGUCGGUUGCAUUUUCGGCGAACUUCUUCGUCGGCGGAUUCUUUUCCAGGCGCAAAGUCCUGUGCAACAGCUGGAACUGAUCACAGAACUGCUGGGCACACCGACCCUCGAGGACAUGAGGUAUGCUUGCGAGGGUGCGAGAUCCCACAUGCUGAGGCGUGCGCCGAAACCACCCUCGUUGACGGCCCUCUACACCCUCAGCAGCCAGGCGACACACGAGGCCGUCCAUUUGCUCUGCCAGAUGCUAGUCUUCGAUCCGGACAAGAGGAUCACCGUGGUGGAUGCAUUGGCGCAUCCUUAUCUCGACGAAGGAAGACUCAGAUAUCACUCUUGCAUGUGCACGUGCUGUUACACGACCAGCGGAGGGAUGAGACAGUACACCGGAGACUUCGAGCCAGCCACGUCUCACCCCUUCGAUGAUCUUUGGGAACGGAAACUCACCACCGUGCAGCAGGUUAAAGAGGAGAUGCACAAAUUUAUAGCGGAACAGCUGAACACGUCGCGGGUGCCGCUAUGCAUAAAUCCGCAGUCCGCGGCGUUCAAGAGCUUCGCAAGCUCCACGGUGGCUCAUCCCUCGGAACUGCCACCCUCCCCUCACCAAUGGGAAUAAAGAUAAAGAAAGCACACAAGAGAUAUUAAAAGCGAUGAUCUUCAUGAAGAAAGGAAAGAACGCAACGCGAUGCACCGACGACGAGAAGAUUGACGUUCGCAUCGCGCGAAGACAACUCUCGAUGCAAUGUGGGUACCGCGACAACCUGGAAGACCGAAGGACGGGCAAGAGAGAACAGAGUAUAUAUAUAAAUAAUGUACAGAAGGAAGUGAAACGGAGAGAGGGAUGAAACGAAAUGAAAGACGGAGGGAAGGAUACUCGCGGAGAAGAGCCAAGAGAGACAAUAGACUGCCGAGCAAUUGAAGCCUCAAUUUUCGACUAGCCGAUAUAUAUAUAUACAUAGACGUAUAUGUAUAUAGAUAUCUAUAAAUAUAGAUUAUACAUAACACUGCUGUAAACGUAAAGGAAGAAUACGAACGAGAAGCCGUCAGAAGGUGGCGACAAAGAAGAUGAAGAAACAAGGGUGGAUGAGAUAACCGUAUCGGUUUCGAGGGAUACGAGCUUGCGCGUAGCUCGGCAAGGAGAAGAAGACGAGAAGCUGAGGAGGAAUUACGUGUACGCGUUAGCUUGUAAGCGAGGGUCGAAUAGACGGGCCAGUCUUCUUUUUUUUUUUAUAUAUAUAUAUAUAUUUUCUUUUCUUUCCUUUUAGAUUUUUACUAUCUAAACGAUCUAUCUCUCUGUAUACGUGUACACACAUACACGCGCGACAUGCGGCACAUUUCUAAUCGAAGAAAGGCGGCGUCGGGGGUCAAUCUUUUUCCUCGUCCUCUCUAGCCGUUGCUUUUUUCCUCGACGAAGAUCGACCGUGUAAAACGACCCCGAAGCGAAUCCUCCGUCGACGAACCGUUCUACCAGAGCACACGGUGCUCCGGUUUACCUUGUACCUACCGAAGCGGAACGACGCUUCCCGCGCCAGAGAAAGCGUCCGAGAUCUCACUUUUGUUGUCGCGUAAGUCGUAAGGACCUUUGUUAAGGAAACGGUCCUCCAUCGUCGACGGAGGAUCGAGUAGAAAUCUCACGCUUUUCGAAGUCUCGCGAUCGCUCGAAGAGGAGGUAAUUAGGGUGAGAAUUAGGGAAAGUGGACAAAGCCGAAAGACAAGGUCGCGUCACCGUUUCGAGGUCAACAGUUUCUGAACUGUAAUUCGAAUUAGUUGUAAGAAAUCGGACCGAAAAGGAAGAAGCAAUCGGUGGAGGAAGGAGAACGAACAAUUGUAAACGCGUGGCUAACGGGCGUUUAUUUUUUAUCUGUCGAGCAAAGUCUCAGCCUGCGGGAUGAUCUCGAUAAUUAGACACAUUGAGGAUCGGUGAAUUUUUAGUCGUUUCGUGGCGUCGCUAACGAGGGACGAGAGCCUUAAAUGAUUCGCGCAAAUGAUACUCUCGUCAAUGGGGAGCAUUUUUCUUUCUCUAAUCUAGAGAAACGAUCUUCGAUCGGAAGAUACACUAGGAAUCGCGUGGAUUUCUAGGAGCCUCAUGAUACACGAUUUAUUCCAAUAAAUACAAUGCACUGCCGACGAAUCGUGGCGAGCGCGACGGUAUCGUGAACACGAGAGGAUCCAUCGUUUGAAUCGUCCGGAGUCGUCGUCUUUUUCACGUAGAUAGGUACUAUUUUUUUUUUUAGUUUAAUUUCGAAAGCUACGUAUGUGUGUAAGCGCUUCCGUACGAGAUCUCGCCUUGAUUUCACAUGUUUUUUUUUAACGAUCGAAUCGGCCUCCGCGGUGUCUGAAUUACAGAUUAAUCGUUCCGCUUGCGAGAAUUCGAAACGUUCUUCGAUCACGCAGUUUGUUGCUCGUUCAACAAAGCGUCAUCGAGAAUUUUGUUAACGGCGGGUAUAGAUUGAAAUUCUAAUUCAGACGCGUCUCGAGGUCGGGCAAAAGGCGCACGAUACCCGUAAUUACGUUCUGAGUGUGAUUUUAGUUUAAGAGACUCUUAGGUAGCCAGUAGAUUUUCACGAUGAAAUAUCGUAGGAACUUAGCGAUUUUUAAGCAACGCGUAGCAUUUCGACGACGCUCGUUUCGUUCUGUAGAGAACGAUAAAAGGAUAAAGCAACGCAUGUGUUCUCUUUUUUACGCAGACUCAACUAAUUUCUACUACGAUCUAAUCAACUAGAAUUCACACACACACACACACACACACACACACACAGACACUACACACAUGUAUAUUGUAAUCGUUUUAAGUACUUGUAGAGAGAUUGAGUAUAUCGGGAUGAAAGGGGAACGAUACCAUCGCGACAAGCGACACGAAAAAUGACAGACUUUUCGAACGAUCAAUUCCUGAUCGCCGGUGUAUUUAAUCGAAGACUUUGGAAAAGUUGACAGAAAAAUAAUUGCAGAACGAUGAUCGUCUUUGAAAUAAUAAAAUUGUCUAAUUUCGCGUGGAGAGGACACUGAUUUUAGCUCUCUGCAUCGACGUACUUUUACAAAUAGUUAAUUGUUACAGCGGCCAUCGGUAAUUGACGUGUAAUUCAAAUUAGAAAUUAAAAUUUCGUAUCGGAAUAUUUAGAAAUACUAGGCAAAGAAAAUUAUUUUAUUUACACGUUGGAUAUCGAGUUAAAUAAUUUCUGCAGAAAUCUCAAAGUAUCGAAGCGUCAAUCACCGAUGACCCAUAUAGCAAUGAACCUAUUAACACGCGAUUGCGAUCACAAAUUAGUUGGUUUAAACUAACCGUGUUGAUGUAAUCUUUCGCUAAACAUCGAAUCGUUGCGACGCGGUACCCCCUCUCUUCUUUUUGUAAUUAAUAACGACACGAUCCAUAAUCGGGUAGCUGAGCGCUUCUCUCGUCAUUUGUAAAUAGAUCUCAUCGCGAUCACCGUGUACAUACGCUAAGUAGCUCAUGAACUGAAUCAUCGCUGCAAUUAGCAACUGUAAAAAAGCGCGAUCCAUAAACACGAAAUUUUCUUAGUGUCUAAUUACGUCCGAUUAAACCAAUCCCCUGUCGUUCUACCAAGAAAGUAUAUCUAGGCUUCUUUUUAUUCGUAGAAACCGGCGUUGUUAGGGACGAUGAAAAUUUCAAUAAACAAUUCUCCACGUACCACCGAUACUUUCGACGAACCGGAAUUUCGUUCCUCUUCGACUUUCUCUUUUAUAGAAUUUUAAUCUUCAACAAAUUCGUUGAACUGUACAAAUGUUCUUCGUUUUUUUCUUCUUUUAAUGUUAUUUUAAAAAAUCUCUUCUCUUCCUGUUUUAUCAAAGACUCCUCGAUAUACGUAUUUUUAAGUCUCGAUUCUAAGCUCUUUUACCACUUAACAUCUCUUUUUUUAUUCAACUUCGUCGAAAGUUGUUCUCGCGUCAAACUUGGCGAUUAAUCGAUUGGAAGAAAAAAAGAAAAGAAGGAGAGAUUUAUCUGUCCACCUUUCGCGAGCGAUAAGUCUUGCAAGAGGAACGCUACGAUCUUUCGUCGAAAGUUGUUCGCAACGAUUCGAUUCGCGAUUUAAUUAGUCACAGCGAAUGAACGGCACGGAGAAACGAGGAAAAAAAGAAAUAAUUGAACGAAGUGAAGAGGAAAGCUAGCGUUACGAGAUGAAUGAAUGAGAUGAAGAGUGUACGAAUGGGUGGAAUUAAUGUUUCCUAUUAAACGAAAAAACGAAAAGAUAAUAUCUAGAUGAUUACUUAACGGCGAGAUGUGUAAAUAACGUAGCUCACUGUAGCUGGUCAGUUGGGCAUUUAAAUAAUACCACGAAACAAACAAAUAAAAAAAUAAAAAAUAAAAAAAAAGACACGCAAGUACAGAAGAGAAAAAAGAAAGAAGAAGAUGAAGAAGGAAAAAAACUUUGCACCCUUGCGUUGUAUAAUGUACACAACAUUUUUCUUUGUUUGUUUUAUCGAAGUGCGUCGAUUGUUUUCUUUCGACAUUGAGAAAAAAUGAUACUUGGAGGCUAGGUGAUAAGGUAAACUACGUAAAAAUUAGAUAACGUGUAAUUAAGCGACAAGAUUUGAAAACUCCACGUAUACUACACACACUAGCAAAUAUUGCCUUCAUUAUGGAAAAGUGGCUGGCACCGUGAUGCACCAAACAAUAAUGUUGCUACGGAUAAAAGAAGAAGAUUAAAAAAAAAAAAAAAAGUAAAGAAAAAAACGAUUGAAAACGAUGGUUCUCUUGUCUCCGAUAUGGCACAUCACUUAUCGUCACCUUCGUACUCUCACUUCCUCCACCCUUCUUCUUUCUUUUCCGCGUCCUUUCAGUUUCGUCGAAACGUUUCUUUCAGGUUUUAACCCUUUCGACAUUAUCGAAUAUCUGUUCGCUUUAUCGAUCAUUUUCGUAUUUGCUCGGAGAGACAGACGGAUAUUGAUUAACCCUCGAACGACGGACCAUGGAGAGAAUCCCGAUUCCACUUUAACUUCUUAUUCAUAUUAUUAUUAUUUUCUUAAAUUUUACACUGUUUUUUCUAGAAAAAACUCUUAUUUCGUUUAAAAAUUAUAAUAUUUUAGCAUAGGUUUUAUAAGUCUGGGUCUCGAUUGACCCAGACUCUGCUAUUCAAAGUUUAAUGUCGUAGAUGAAUAUUCAAACAAAUUUGUCUCUCGAGAGUAAAUUGAUGUUGAUAUACCACAAAUAGGAAACAAAAGGCUAGUCUGUCUCUCUGUAAUCCCUAUUUUGUUUAAUUUAUUAUUUAUACAUGCACACACGUACACGUACACGUAUAUCAACAUAUAGAGAUCCGGGGCCAAGCGACGAGGCAAGAGGGGCGCGAAUAUUUGCGUCCUUUGAUCGAAGCCAAGCACCUUUCCAGCAGUUUCGUGUAUAUACGUAUAAUCGAAACGAAGGUGCGACGGAAACGAGAAGGGACAAGAAUUCUGUCGAAAAAUUUAUUCGUAAUCGUAGCGUGGUCGACGACCUGUCGUUAGUAACUAAGAGGCCUUAAUAUAUUGCGGUUUACGAUAAAAACACACAUACACACGUACGAGUCGAUUCGAGUGUAAGCGUAACACACACGUAGAAUAAAUAAGAACACGAGAAAUUGAUAUAGUACACAGCACGAUUUAUGAAAUGAAUAUCUAAAUUUUAGGGAACUUCCGGAUCUCGCAACGAUUGUCGAUGCUGAGAUUCUGGAAAAAUGAUUUUAACCGCGACACCUCGUUCCAUUCUGCGUCGAUCGACGAGAGAAAAAUUUAUUACAAAUCGAGUUCUAACUAUAAAAAUUGUAAGAACGAUAUACAAACGAAAGCACAGUGAUCGAGACGCGUAGGUGUUGCAAUUGUUCCGUCACUGGAUGACAAAUUGUGAUUUGUUCUCGAGAACGUUUUGUCGACAAGAUAAUUAAUUAAAAGGACACAGGAAAAGCUAUUUUGAAUUUUUCAAUUGUAACUUGAUAGAAUAGAGUUUUCAUCAAAAAUCAAUGAUCACCGCAGAAUUUAACGAGGCGACUCGUUCUUGUACAAAGAUACGUUGUUUUUUUUUCUUUUUAAUUUUCAAGAGUAGAUAGGUACGUCUCACGAAUAGAACAAGAGAGGAAGGUCAAUAUCAUUCGCACGUGCCACGUUUACAGCGUAUCCCAUUCUAAAAAGGACUCUACCGAUCGUAGUUCUUCCCUGGAAAUACAAUUAUUCGCAUCAGCACUGCCAGUUUAGCAUCGUUAACGAAGAAAUCGUCAUCGACCACGUUUGGUUUAAUUUUCGCGUUCAAUCGAUAGAAAUAGUCUCAUUUUCACGAGAAAUCGUCCCCGAAAUUUUUCAUUUCGAAGAGAAAAAUAUCCUCCGUCAAUUUCAUCAUAGCGUUAAGGUUAGAAAAUUUAUUUCACAUCUAUGAUUCUUUUUUUACAUUGUAGCUAAGUGGCAUAAAAGAUACUUCGUCACGUGCGUGUAAUAUCUGUAUAAAAAGAAAAAAGAAAAAAGAAAAUUACGAAAGGUAACUCUACGUAAGUGUAAAUAUUAGCGUGUAACCUGAAGAAUUCGCGUACCUUGAAAGUAGUCUGAAGCCUUUUCACGAUUAGAGAAUAAAACUAUGUGUAAAAUGAGGAGACUCGAUUAUUUAGCAAAUCGAGAUAAGAGAAAAGUAUAUAAUCAGGCACAAGAAAGACAAAAGAUCUCGAUCGUGUUGUUGUACAUAGAUAGAGUAAACAUAGAGCACUCGGUUAAGGUAUAUCUUUAAGGUUCCAAGGUUUUAAUCGUGCAGGUGUGUACUUAAAAUUACGGUUCAAACGGGCGGACACACGUAUUUUCUAGGAUUAAGAAAUCGCCCUGGGGUCGACACGAUGUUUCUCACCCCUUUCGUGCGCCUUCGAAACUCUAGUUUUCUUUUUUCCUCUCGCUAAUCUUCCAUUUUCGAGCUAGCUUGUAAGAGACAAAACACAGGACACACACACACACACACACACACUCUAUACUACGAAACUCUUUCGAGAACCUUGGCACGAAACGGUUCGUUUUUACUCUCUCUCUUCAACAUCGUACGUAUGUGUAAAAAUAAGAAAAAAAAAAGUGGAAAAGUUGAAAAAAAUAGCUGGUAUUUAGGUACUAGGCUCAACGAUCCGGCACUUAUCGAUUUAAAUAGAGGAUUUAGCAGCUGUUCGAAUGCAUCGCGCGAGGAUAUAUUUUUUUGUAAUCGAAAAUAUCGUUGCGGCAUGGUUUUACUCGCAGAACUCGAAGAGAAGAUACACUUUUCGAUCUCGAACAACUCUCGAAUUCUUCUUGAACUGUGUUCACUCGUAUCUUCGAAAUGGCGGUUAUUCGCGAGUGCAAGCAAUGAAUUUGAUGAAACACAAGUACGAGUGCUCGAUCGUUGAUCGAUUUAUUGAUCGUCUAUUUAAUGUUCUGCGUGUCUCCCUUGUUCUUGGUGUCUUGUACUUGUAAAUAAAUCUGCUGACUUAGCCUAUCGGAGUCCUCGUGUUUUAACGAUAACGAAUAACAUUUCUCUGUGAUAGAUUUUUCAAUAAAUCCACGAGUUUCAAUUUUCCACUUGUAAAUCUUUCGAGCUUCGUUCGUGAACGUGGGUUAAUCGCGAGAUAAAAUGAAACGAAACAAAUUUCAUACAUUGAAAAUUAAUACUCAAAGUAUACAAAUUUAGAAAAUAGAAAUAAUGGAUUUUCUUUAGUAAUUGUAUACAUUAUUUACGCGAGGACUGCUCGAGCGCGGUUCCGAGGCGGAAUAAGCGGAAGUGCGUGGAACUGCGCUCGAAAGGCGAAACUUAACCUCUUCGUGGACUCGUGCGUUUCAUUAACCCUUAAUUAAGGCUGCCGAUCAGCAUCGCGUCUGUGUAUAUAUAGCGAAUCUUCAACGGAUACGUGUAUGUACGUAAAGAAAUUUCAUAAAGUUGUUUCUACUAUCGAGUAUUCAGAGGCAAACGAGCAUCGUCGAUCCCUGUGCACUUUCAUUCGAGUUCGAACCACUAUAAAUUCACGGCCAAAGUAACGUUUAGAGAUGCUCGUCUGCCUUCUAAACAUACACGUGAACACACCAUCGACACUUGUACCUUUCUAAUGUGUGCUGAAACAUACGGGGUGCGAGCUGAAUAAUUGCAACCCUUUUUCUCUAUCUUCGAGACACUGAAAUAAUGCAAAUUUUUCUGGUAAUUUGAAAUAAGAAACGCGAAUUGUUAGUUUGGAAAAUCUAGAAAAUAUUUAUUCGUUAAUCCUUGGACCGUGUAACGUAUACAUACAUGAAAUCAUUAUGCAUAAAAUGAAUUUUUAUUCGUGUCUACAAUUCACUCCGUAUGCAAAGCAGAAAACCGUAAAAUUUUCUCUUCCUUUUCUCAAUAAUAUCGCGGAACUUUCUCGUCGAUCGUUUCGUGGAAAUUCGCGAAACUUGGCCAGAAAAUCGUCGAUCCUUCCGCUGGUACUUGUAUUUAAUUAAAAAUUGUAAUAUAUUAGCGUCUUUGCAAGAAUAGAGAAUCGAGGAUUAUAUAACAAUAUUCGUAGAUAAGAUAGGGAAACGAAGUAGAGAGGCUGAUCUACGCCGUGUAAUUUUUGUAUUUUCGACGAUCGUGGUCCCCGACCUGUACCAUUUACCAUAAAUUGUAAUUGUAAACAAGUACAAUUUUGCUCGUAACGCAGCGUUAUUAUUACAGUUAGUAGAGUACAGUGAUAAGAAUUAGGUACUCGUUUUGUAAUAUAAUGAAAUAAUACCAUCGCGUGGAUGGUUAACUAAUCGUUGCGAGGAUUACGACCGAUUUUCUGGCGAAAGCAAUUAAAUUGAAACGAAGAAAAAAAAGGAGGCAGAAUAUUUUCUAGAAAAUAAUUUUCCGACUAUCGAAAUGGACUAUCGAGUCGCUCGAUUUUCACCGAUUUUUCCACGAUCGAUCGACGAUCAAGUUCUCUUAUUUCUUCUUUGAUAUUAUUCUAGAAAACACGUGAUAAAACUCAAGGCCGUCGUAAGAAAGGCAAUGUGUACUCAAUGUAAAUAGGAGAGAGAUUGUAAAGAAGAUGAUUAUCUAAAGUAAUUAUUGCGUGUCUACGAAUGCCUAUCUGUUUAAUCUACGUAACGAGAAGGAAGCAGCUAAUUGCUGAUCAACUAUUAACUAAAUAACUAAACGGCAGUUUAUUCUAUCUGUGUGUGUCGGUUUCGAUUGGACAUAGGUUUUGUAUCACUCUUUUUCUCCGUGUAUGGUGUGUAGCCAGGGGCUCGAUUUCGGGGGAUGCGAAGGACACUCGAAUUCUCCUAAAAAUUUCCUUCAAAAAUCGUUCGAGUUUCAACAGAAAGCUAUCGUAAACUUAUUAUAAAUUUACUUUAGAAUGUUAAAAUCUUCGAUUUUAGGUUAUGAUGUCCAACCAUGUUGGUCACGUAUUAAUACAAAUUUGUUGUAUCUUUUUUUAAUGAACCAUUGACGGGUGAAAAAUGAAAAUCCUGUCCAGUUUCCAUCGAAAUCGAUCCCAUGAAUUGUAGAUUCAAUCGUGUCUUUCACAACUAAGUAGUGUUUGUAAAUUGAUUAUCCGAUAGACGGUGUCACGUUUCUUCGAAACUAGCUGAUAACAUUAACGUUAAGUACCGUGAAAGGAGAAAGAAUAUAGAUCACGGUGUAUCGAUUCUUAAGAAAUUGGUGAAAAAGGAAUUCGAUGGUGUACGCUAUCGAUCUUGAUCGCUGUCGAUAUGUUUCAAGAUUUAUCGUGCACAUGUCGUAGAUGUGUUUACGCGCCGGUUGCUGGAGACCAGUUUUGAAAACUAAACGAGAAGAAAAUAAAUCUCUUGAUAAGAGGGACAACGAAAAAGAAAAGCUAUUACGAGUGUAAAUUGUUGGCUGACUCAUUCUUCGAUCGGAAAGUUAAUUAAUUAUAAAAUAUUGCUUCGAAAUGUUGGAAUGUUCAAUUUUAGAUCCAUAGAUGAAUUCCUGGGGGCCAUUGUUUCCUUUAAGUACCAUUUUGUCGAACUGACUUAAAAAUUCGAUGAAAUAAUAGAAAAUUAAAUAAAUUGAAGCAUGCUUAGUUGAACGAAUUUCAUGUCUUACAUUUUGCACUCGAAAUUAGAUGAUUUAGUUGCAAUGAAAUUAAAUGAUAUAAAAGUUCCUUAGGAGAACGAACAAAAUUGGUCUUGAGCCCUUGUUUUAUCUGCUAGCUGUAAAAACUUUGUAAAUUGUAAUCGCGUCGAUUUUUCCCGGCGAAGAAGCGAUCGAUCGAUCGAUCGAUACUUCUCGAUAAUAUGCACAUUUAUCGUCGUAGAGUGGAAGUUCACGGAAGAUCGUAGUCGAUUCCAGCCUUUCUAAUUUCCAGCGUCGACAAGUUUCGAUGAGAACAAGAAAAUAAUCAAAUAUCUCGGGAAACUAUGAAUCAAAAAGCGACACGUGCACACGAGUAAAGAAACGAAGGAACACAUAAACGUUUUUACACAUACACAGAGACACGUAUGCACUGUAAAAGACAGACGAGACGAUUAAACUUUCACGUUAAUUUUCCAUCGAGCGACAAAUGUACGAUUUUUUGCCUCGUGUAAAUUAAGUUUGUAAGAUUCUCCGAUUGGUAGCGUAAGGAACGAUCGAACACCAGCGAGAAAAUAAAUAUUCCUGCAAAUGGAAAUUUAUGUACAUGUAGUUUGAUUCAUUGAACAAUUUUAUGUGAAAACGCUUGGUUCGUAUUUUGCUGAAAAAUUGGCGAAAAAUUUUAUUCGAUCUCUCGCUGUGUUCGCGUGAAAUAUACGAGCCUCUUUUCAGAAUUUGAAAGUUUAAUCGAAAGUAUUUGGAAAUCGUUCGAAAUUUUGGGACGAUCGAUAGAGCGUACGCGAACGUAGCAAAUGAACAAUGAAUACUAAAAACAACAAGCACAGAAAAUAAAAACAACAAACCAGAGUAUUGAAGACUGGCAAUCAAAACUAACGUAGGCAGAUAUAAAGCGCAGAUUUAUUCUAAUGUUUGGUGCGGUCGUGAGAGAACUUGCCUCAAAAUAUAAAUUUACGAAAUUCGAUUUAAAUAAAAAAACUUUGCGAAAAAAGACCGAAAAAGUGAAUCAAUAAAAAUUGUAACAUUUCGUAUGUUCCGAUGACGAUCGUACUAAACGGGAUAAGAUGUGCAAGAAAACUAAAUGCAAAUUCUAUGCAACAAUCCUUCGAAAAGAAAUACAUAGAUCGUACAGUUUUGCGAGUAAAAUGCGCGUCUAAUGUAACGCUAGUGAGUAGAUAGGUAGGUACCUGCAUUUCAUGAAAUUUAACAUGCUUGAAUAGCUCCUCAAUAAAUCGUUAUACAUGUUUUGAUAAA